AUUUACCUUUGAUUGAUAACUGUGUUCAGAUAGAGACGCUCCGCACAAAGAAUGUCUGGUAUCUGUUUGAAUGUUAAUAAAAUCCAUGCUUCCAGUUCGAUUCGAUUCAGUUGGGGGGCGCACGAUGGAGCACACGUUACUUAUUUUCGCGUUGCUGUUGAUUGGUAGUCAUGUCACUUUUGGUAGGGUGCCUGCAGAUCAGCAUCAUAAGGAUGGUUGCAAAUUGGACCGGAAGUUGAUCCAAGAAAUUCAUGGCUAUCGACCGGUUGUGAAUCGAAUUUAUGAAGAAAUUGUGAAUGGACGAUUUGCCGGUAAAGUGUGGGACGAUUUGGAAGAUUUGAGCCUAACUUUUGGCGCUCGUUUAAGUGGAUCUCCUCAACUUGAAAAAGCCAUCGAUUAUGUGAUGGAAGAAAUGAAGCGUGAUGGCUUGGAGAAUGUUCACGCUGAAGAUGCUCCGGUGCCUCACUGGGUUCGAGGAGAAGAAAGUGCUACUUUGGUGGAACCUUUCCCCAAAAAAUUACCGAUGCUAGCUUUGGGUGAAUCUGUUGGAACUCCUGAGGGAGGUAUCACUGCCGAAGUUGUGGUCGUUAGAUCAUUUGAUGAACUUGAUGCAAUGGAUUCUUCCGAAGUUGAGGGAAAAAUCCUCGUUUUUGCACCGGAGUGGGUCAGCUAUGGGGCCACUGUUCAGUACCGUGGCAGAGGACCAACUGAGGCGGCGAAAAAGGGCGCCAUCGCUUGCUUGAUUCGAUCAAUGGGGCCGAUGUCGAUUGGAUCUCCUCAUACCGGUGGAGUGAAUUACGAAGAAGGCGUUAAGAAAAUCCCUGCUGCCUGUAUCACCGUUGAAGAUGCUGAAAUGCUGCUGAGGUUGAAGCAACGUAACUCUAAAAUCACAGUUCAUUUAGAGAUGGGCUGCCAAAACUUUGGACUAAUCACUUCGAGGAAUACUAUUGGGGAAUUGCAAGGCACAGUUCAUAAGAACAACUCAGUUAUCGUGUUGACUGGUCAUCUGGAUUCCUGGGACGUAGGCCUAGGAGCAAUGGAUGACGGUGGCGGUGUGAUGAUUUCCUGGAAGGCACUGACCUUCCUCAAAGCCAUGGGACUGAGACCGAGGCGCACAAUGCGAGCUGUUCUGUUUACAGCCGAAGAACAGGGAUACUGGGGAGAGCGCCAGUACUUUGAGGAUCACCGAGAACACGCGGAAGAGGAGUUUGAUUUUAUUCUGGAAUCCGAUGCGGGAACUUUCGACCCCAAGGGGUAUCAGUUCUCAGGCAAUGAAGAAGCAGCUUGCAUUUUCACCGAAGUUGCAAAACUGGUGGAGCCUUACAACAUGAACUAUUUGACCACCUCGCUACCUGCUGGGUCCGGAAUUCGUUUCAGCAAUAAAGGAUUCCCCUAUGCCUCUUUUAUCACUGAGAAUGAUAAAUACUUCUGGUUCCAUCAUUCCGAAGGCGAUAGUAUGAUGGUGGUGGAUCCAAAGAGCUUGGAUAAAUGUACGGCAGUGUACGCGGCCACUGCUUACGUACUAGCCGAUUUGAGCGUCUCGCUCCCGAAAACGGUUAAUUUGAACUGAAACCACACGCGUGCGGGUCAAUUGUUAAGUUUCUCAAAGCACUUGUAAAUAUGUUACCAAUAAA